AUGAUCGGGAACUUGGAUUGUCGUCAUUGGCAGUGGUAUAACUGUCCGACCGCAUGGCAAGGUCAACACACACGAGGUGACCAAGACCGAUCAACUGUUAUUCUUCAAGCGGUUGCCUCACAGGACCUUUGGAUAUGGUCGGCUUACUUUGGUGUCGCAGGGUCAUGCAAUGAUAUAAACGUUUUCGAGCUGUCUCCAUUGGUAGAGAACUAUAUUUAUGGUAGAGCUGCGAGAGCAUCUUUUUAUGCAAACGGAAACUACUACCCGCAUGGAUACUAUUUGUACGAUGGAAUUUAUCAUAGGUAUUCGAUUGUCGUGAAGACAUUCAGGGACCCGUAUGAUGAAAAAAGAGCUUACUUUAAAAAGGUUCAAGAGUCUUCGCGGAAGGAUAUUGAGAGAUACUUUGGGGUUCUUCAAUAA